AUGGCCGAACACCAUUACAAAUUCAACGUGACCAUGACCUGCAACGGUUGCUCCGGCGCAGUGGAGCGCGUGCUCAAGAAACUCGACGGAGUCAAAGAAUACGCCGUCUCCCUUGAUACGCAGACCGCAGACAUCACCACUGAAGACUCCGUUUCGUACGAGACAGUGCUCGAAAAGAUCAAGAAGACGGGCAAGACCGUCAAUUCAGGAGAGGCUGACGGUGUCGUUAUGGCUGUGUAA